UGUCAACAAAAUUUUGAGGUUAACGAAUUAGAAAUGCAAAACAACAGUUAUAGCCGGUUCGCAGCUUUUUAGUAUUAACAUAGAAAUAAAUAUGCACAAAAAUGCUGUGUCCAGAAAUCUAUAAUUUUCCUUCUCCGAAAAUAAUAUCUUCGUCCAAGAAGCAUGAAAACUUCGAAGCCGCAAUGAGCAGCAUUCGAUUAAACACAUUCUAUAAAAGCUUAAUUGUGACAUGCCCUGAUGAAAUACACGCUCCAAGCUCCAUCGAAGAAGCAAUUACAGAAGAUACGGAAUAUUACAAAGUCACCAACUGUUCUCUAACAGAGUUUAUAAAAGUGGAUUUCAUUGAAAACUUUGUAAAGAAAGGAAGCUUACAUUGUAUGAGUGUAGUUAGAAACUGUGUUGUGGAUAAUUGUGCUGCGAUAACACCAGACGGUGUACUAACCUUACACGUUUUAGAUUUUAUUUACCAGCAAUUGGGCUUGGAAGGCACAAAACGUCAUCAUAACUUUUAUGAAGUAAAAAUAGACUUGAGUAAUCUAAAACAUAGUGCCAAACUUGCAGGUAGCCUUGGUAAACUUGAAACAUACGACUUUUUCGUGUCAUGGGAGCCAAAAAGUGAAGAUGUGUGCCCAUCAUCAGUAGCUAAGUAUUUUUAUGAUAAUGAUAUCAAUGUAGCUUUAUGUACUGUAAAGAUAGACCAUGUAUCUCCUUCAGUUGAAGAAAUACCCGCUUUAGAUGCAGAGCUGGAUGAGAUGUCAGAAUGGAUUGGUAUGCUCGCACAUAAAGCUGAUACAAACCCAACAGAAUCAUAUAUUAGUUCAUACAGCCCACCAGAAAGUGAAAAUGCCCUGAAAUCUUCAAGAAUAACCCUUCUGACUGCUAAAGGGUUCUUCACUCCAGCAACUGUGGAGCGAGUUUGCAGGAAAGUUGAGGAGUAUGUAAAGAGCAGAGAAAUGGAGCAGUAUUGGGCGUCAGUGAGUGUACAGAGCUUUGAGAACUGCCUGUGGCAGUGGACUCGAGGCAGCCCUAGGAUGUUCCAGGCUCAUGAUUCUUCCUGCAACCUGUUCUUUAGCCAUACCAGUGUAGCGGAGCACUGUGUUGGCCAAAUAAAAUAUGCAUAGCACUUU